AUGGAUAGAGAUUGGAUGAGUGCAGAUAGGUUGUCAAUGAAAUACAGGGAAGGUGUUGAUCUGUUUUUGGAGUUUGCUGAGAAGAAGGCUUCUAAUCCUAAUUUUGUUCAUUGUCCGUGCAUGAAAUGUGGCAACAUGGAGCGUAUGAAAAUUUUUAAGAUUAAAGAACAUUUGUUUAGGAACGGUAUAGACAAAAGCUAUAAGAUUUGGUAUCACCAUGGAGAAAAAAUUAGAACUUCAAAUGAGGGACCUUCCAAGUCUAGGAAGGAGAAGUGCGUUAAUUUGGAUUACGGAGAUGAUCACAUUGCAAAAAUGAUUGAUGAUGCACAAUUUGAAUCCAAUACAGCUGAUCCAGUGAAAUUUAAAUCCCUUUUAGAAGAUGCUGAAAAACCUAUUUACCUUAAUUGUAAUAGGUUUACUAAGUUAUCGUCACUUAUUAGAUUGUACAAUCUGAAAGCCAAAUAUGGGUGCAGCGAUAAGAGUUUUACGGAGUUACUAGGCUUUUUAGGAGAUUUGUUACCUGAAGGUAAUGAAAUGCCUUUGUCUUUCUAUGAGGCAAAGAAGACAUUGUGUUCAUUAGGCAUGCAAUAUGAAAAGAUACAUGCAUGUCCUAACGAUUGCAUCCUCUAUCGAAAUAGAUCUGAAAAUGAAACGUUGUGUCCGACGUGCGGUGAGUCUAGGUGGCAAAAGAAGAAGAAUUCUGAUGAGGUAAAGGUUGGUAUACCUGCAAAGGUAUUAUGGUACUUACCACCCAUACCUCGUUUGGUUCGGUUCUUUCAAAAUGUCGAUAUUUCUAAAAACUUAACCUGGCAUGCCAACGAUAGGGUGAAAGAUGGUAUGAUGAGACAUCCAGCCGAUUCACCUGCUUGGAAAGCAAUUGAUGCUAGAUGGCCUAACUUUGGCAAUGAACCUAGGAAUAUUCGUCUUGGUCUUUCUGCAGACGGUAUUAAUCCACAUACUAAUCUUAGCAGUAAGUACAGUUGCUGGCCAGUUUUGCUUGUAAUGUAUAAUUUGCCGCCCUGGUUGGUAAUGAAGAGGAAGUUCACUAUGCUGACACUGUUGAUAUCAGGCCCUUCACAGCCUGGUAACAAUAUUGAUGUUUACUUAGCUCCUCUUGUUGAAGAUCUAAGUCAACUGUGGUGUGAUGGUGUUAGUGCUUAUGAUGCCCAUAGGAAUGAAAAUUUCAAUCUUAGAGCAAUAUUAAUGUGGACAAUUAAUGAUUUUCCUGCCUUUGGCAAUCUUUCUGGUUAUAGUGUGAAAGGGUAUAAGGCAUGUCCUAUAUAUGCGAGGAGAAAACUUGUUCUCAAUAUUUAA